GAAGAAGAAGAAGAAGAAGAAGAAGAAGAAGAAGAAGAAGAAGAAGAAGAAGAAGAUAAAAGGCAACAUUCAGUGAAGAUCAUUUACAAUUCAUGAGUAUCCAUGACAUUGUGAUUAUAAAUAGAUCAUUAUUAUCUUGAUUAUUAUUAUUAUUACCAAGAUUAUAAAUACUAGAAGUACUUGAAGAAAAGGAUCAUAAAUGAAUUUAAUUUCAAUAUUUUCUUACAUAAUUGAUGAUUAUUAAUAAUAAAUAGAGCAAAUAUGUAUUUCAAUCUCUUCAUUAAUCUCUUAUUUACAUGGAAGUAUAUAACAUGUAUAAUAUAUGAUUUCCAAAGAUAUCCAUUUUCAAUUGAUGAUGAUCAUGAUAAUGAUGAUGAAUUUCAAAAUGAGUUAAUUAGACAAAACGAUUUCUUUAUUGGCUUUAAUGAAUCCUGGCCAUUAAGAAAUGUGAACGACUAUUUAGGGGUGGUAUCCUCUGUUAAAGCAACGGAUCAAUCCGCUUCAAAUGUUUAUGUUUUACAUCGUGGUGAUCGAGUAUGGGAUCAAAAUACAUUUGAUGAUCGAGAUAAUUACCGUCUCAAUAAGUCUGAACCUAUACAAAAAGGAGUUUUAGUACAAAUCUUUAAUGGAGAGAUUAAAAGAACCUAUUUUCCUUUCAAGUUCUUCCUUCCUCAUGGGCUUACAAUAGAUCCAGAUGGAAAUUUCUGGAUUACAGAUAUAGCUUUACAUCAAGUUUUUAAAUUCUCGUCAAAUUUAUCAAGUGAACCACUAUUAACACUUGGUGAACGUUUUAAACCUGGUUCAAGUGAAAAUCAAUUUUGUAAACCAACGGACGUAGUAGUUUCUUCAAAUGGACAAGUUUUUAUCUCUGAUGGGUAUUGUAAUAAUCGCAUUGUGAAAUUUAAUGAAAAUGGAGAAUUUCUAAAAUCAUGGGGCUACGAAACGAAAGAUUCAGAAUCUCCAGGACCAUAUGAUUUAAAUAUUCCGCAUCAGUUAUCUUUAUUGGAAGAAGAAGAUGCAAUAUGUGUGGCAGACAGAGAAAACAAACGUAUUGUAUGCUACAUAGCUGGUUUAUAUUCGACAACAUCAGAUAGUACCGGUGAUUAUCUAUUUGAGUACAAACAACCAGAGAUGAGAGCAAUCUAUGGCAUCGCCAUUGAACCUUCAACUAAAUUAAUAUUUGCUCUUGUGGGCUCUACACCUAAUGAAGAUAAUUCAUACGUGGAAAUUAUUGAUUUUAAUUCACAAGAGUUAAUUGGUGAAAUCAGAAAUCAAUGGAAAACAGGAUUCGGUAAUGUUCAUUCUAUAACAACAUGUCCAUACAACAAAGGAAUAAGUUGUAUACUAUUCUGUAAUACAAAUUUACCAUCACAACUAAAUCAACCGAUAUUAUCAAAUCAAACUCAAAGAAUUAAAAGUAUUUCAAAAUAUCAAGAAGAUUUCAAUCAUGAACAACUUGAACGACGUUUAUGGCUUUAUCAUUUACGAUUUAACUCUGAAUACAAUUAUUAGAUGAAUGAAAUCAUGUUAUCAAUGUUAUAAUGGAAUAGUAAUGAUAGUCAACACAAAUAUAUGGUUUAAACAAAUCA